GUGCAGCCCGUGCGGGGACGUCUCGGAGACCCCGCGCCGACGGCUGCUCAAACAUCACGCUGGCCCCUCCAAGGACACUCCCCAAGUCCCCAGCUGGGGGCUCAGCAUAGGCCUGGAGUGGAAACCCCUCUCCUUCCCUUCAUGAUUCGAUAGUAGCUCAGUGGAGAUGGAUGAUGAGGACGGGCGAUGCUUGCUAGACGUGAUUUGUGACCCUCAGGCCCUCAACGAUUUUUUACAUGGAUCAGAGAAAAUUGACAGCGAUGACCUUUUGGAUAACACGGGGGAAGCCACAAGUGCCUUCUUUGAAGGGGCUGGGCUCCAUGUUCAAGAAGCACCAGGCAACCACUUGAACCCAGAGCCCAGCCAGCCUGCGACCAGUGUGGACCUGGACUUCCUGGAGGAUGAUAUCCUGGGCUCUCCGUCCGCCGGGGGUGGCGGUGGUGGCGGAGGCUCAGGGGGUGCUGAGCAGCCAUGUGACAUCCUUCAACAGAGCCUGCAGGAGGCCAACAUCACGGAGCAGACGCUGGAAGCCGAGGCUGAGCUGGACCUGGGCCCCUUCCAGCUGCCUACUCUGCAGCCGGCCGAUGGCAGCGGGGCUGGUGGGGCCGGCGCUACAGCGGCCGCCGGAGCCCAGGCUCUGUUCCCUGGCAGCGCAGACCUCCUCGGCCUCCAGCCACCGGCUGUCUUAACGCACCAAGCCCUGGUGCAGCCGCCUGACGUGGUGAACGUGAACAAGGCCCUCAGCGUCCAGCCCUUCCUGCAGCCCGUCGGCCUGGGCAACGUGACCCUGCAGCCCAUUCCUGGCCUUCAGGGCUUGCCCAAUGGCAGCCCCGGGGGCGCUGCAGCUGCUGCCCUGGGCCUAGCGCCCAUCCAGGUGGUGGGGCAGUCUGUGAUGGCCCUCAACCCACCAGCCCCCCAGCUCCUCGCCAAGCAAGUGCCCGUGGGGGGCUACCUGGCCCCAGCAGCACCGGCUGAGCCUGGCCCUGUGACGCUGGCCUCUGCUGGGGUCUCCCCGCAAGGGGCUGGCCUGGUCAUUCAGAAGAACCUUUCAGCUGCCGUCGCCACCACUCUGAAUGGGAACUCGGUGUUUGCUGGGGGUGGGGUGCCUGGGACAGCGGCCGCAGGUGGGGCUGCAGGCCCGGGGGGCCAGCCGCUGGCGGUGGCCUCGGGCCUAGGGGCCUCCUCCCUGGUGCCGGCCCCCAACGUGAUCCUGCACCGAACCCCAACGCCCAUCCAGCCCAAGCCAGCGGGCGUCCUGCCCCCGAAGCUCUACCAGCUCACACCCAAGCCUUUCGGCACUGCUGGCGCUACACUCACCAUCCAAGGUGAGACGGGCAGUCUGCCCCAGCCUCCUAAGGCUCCCUCCAAUCUGACCUUCAUGGCUGCGGGCAAGGCGGGCCAGAACGUGGUGCUGUCUGGCUUCCCGCCCACACUGCCAGCCAACGUCUUCAAGCCACCUCCGGCCACAGUGGGCAGCACGCCGGGCACCUCGGCAGCCCCUCCGCCUGGCACCCUCAGCAAGCCCAUGAGUGUCCACCUCCUCAACCAGGGCAGCAGCAUCGUGAUUCCCGCCCAGCACAUGCUCCAGGGCCAGAACCAGUUUCUCUUGCCUGGAGCCCCCACCGUCCAGCUCCCCCAGCCCAUCUCGGCCCUCCCUGCCAAUGUGGGAGGGCAGAUCUUGGCUGCUGCGGCUGCCGCUCCCCACACUGGGGGCCAACUCAUCGCCAAUCCGAUCCUUACCAACCAGAACCUGGCAGGGCCUCUCAGCCUGGGCUCCGUGUUAGCCCCCCACGCCGGUGGCCACGGGGCUGCCCACAUCCUCUCAGCCGCGCCCAUCCAGGUGGGCCAGCCCACCCUCUUCCAGAUGCCUGUGUCCCUGGCUGCCGGCAGCCUGCCCACCCAGAGCCAGCCAGCCCCCGCCGGCCCCACCGCCACCGCCACCGUCCUCCAGGGGGUCACACUGCCCCCAAGUGCUGUGGCCAUGCUCAAUGCGGCUGAAGGCCUGGUCCAGCCUGCGACGGCCCCGGCCGGGAGUGAAGCAGCUCCCGUGCUCACUGUGCAGGCGGCCCCCCAGGCCCCUCCCACCGCCCAGGCAGUGCCUCCUGUGGCCCCGCUGCCACUGGGCCUGUCGCAGCAGCCACCACCUCCAGCCCCACAGGCCCCAGCCCCCACACAGCCCACAACUCCCCAGCCAAGCCCCAGCCUGGCCUCCAGCCCUGAGAAGAUCGUCCUGGGACAGCCAGCUACCACCACAGCCGUCAUCACUCAGGAGUCCAUGCAGAUGUUCCUGCCCCAGGAGAGGAGCCAGCAGCCCCCGUACCUCCCGCUGCCCAUGGAGGGCGCCCACCUCUCCCUGCCUCUGCCCGCCUACAGCGUCGCUGUCUCAGCCCCCAGCACCUCGAGCAGCGCACCUGCCUCUGUCAUAGUCAGCAGCGGCACGGGCCAGCCGCAGGCCCGUGACCCCGCCCCGGGCACCCCCGACACCAAAGGAGCCGGCCUCAUACCUCAGUUUCCCACCAGCCAGACUCCCCCGGCCCUGCCCCCCCAGAUCUCAGCCGCUCAGCAGAAAGUCCCAGGGGCUUCCUCAUCCCCAUCGCUACCUCACCCGCCACCACUGGGCGAUAGCCCUCACCUGCCUUCCCCCCACCCUGCCCGGCCCCCUUCCAGACCCCCUUCUCGGCCCCACUCCCGUCCACCUUCCCAGCCCCAGAGUGUGUCCCGGCCGCCCUCAGAGCCUCCUCUGCACUCCUGCCCACCGCCUCAGCCCCUGCCUGGCCUCUUUGUCAUCCAGAACCCCCUGGGCCCUUCCUCCCAUGGGGCCCCCACUCCCGCCCCUGCCACAGCCCCGACUCCCCCUCUUCGGCCCCCCUCUCAACCCCCCGAGGGCCCUGCACCUCCCCCUCCACACCUGCAGGUGCAGUUAGCGACCACCACCUCCGAUGCCACCUCCAGGCUGCCUGCCUCAGCACCCCCUGAUGCCCCUCACUCAAAUUCACCCCACUUCCAACUCCAGUUUGCCCCAAGCCAAGUGCCCCUCAAACCCCCCACACCCACACCAGCGGUCCACCUUGCCCCAGAGCCCCCUCCACAGCCUCCAGCCCCCCCGCCACCGAGGACCUUCCAAAUGGUGCCCGGCCCAUUCCAGGCCCUGGCCACUCCAGCGGCCCAAUCCAAGCCACUCCUGGAGAGAUUCCACCAGGUGCCAUCUGGCCUCAUUCUCCAGAGUAAAGCUGCAGGUCCCCCAGCCACCCAACAGACCCCCCCAACCCUGGGCCCCCUUGCCAGCCCAGCCCCCUCCAUCCUGGUUAGUGGGCAGGCCCCACCCGGAGCCCAGGCCACCUCCACUCACCCUCCUGCCUCAGCAGCCAGCACGGCUGUCUCUUCAUUGAUCUCUGCAGAAAGCAAAGUGUUUGGCAGUAGCGUUCCAGCCUUGGGCGGGGCCAAGGUGGGCACGGGGCAGGGAAAGACGUCUGGCCCAUCUCCGGGGCAGUAUGAGAGCAAAGUGGGCAACCUGAAGAAACCUGCCACCGUACAGCCCAGCAAGGAGGCCUGCUUUCUGGAGCACCUGCAUAGGCAUCAGGGCUCUGUGCUGCAUCCUGACUACAAGACAGCCUUCCCAUCCUUCGAGGAUGCUCUGCGCCGCCUGCUGCCCUAUCAUGUCUACCAGGGGGCCCUGCCCUCUCCUCACGACCACCGGCGGGUGGAUGAAGAGUUUGAGACUGUUUCCACACAGCUGCUGAGACGCACUCAGGCCAUGCUGAAUAAGUACCGCCUGCUUCUCCUGGAGGAGUCUCGGAGGGUGAGCCCUUCUGCAGAGAUGGUGAUGAUUGACCGGAUGUUUAUCCAAGAGGAGAAAACCACACUGGCCCUGGACAAGCAGCUGGCCAAGGAGAAGCCUGAUGAGUACGUGUCUUCCUCCAGGCCCCACGGCCUCCCCGUCUUGGGAUCAGAGAGCCACGGUGCCCACCGGCUCUCCUGCACCCCAGCCCACCCUCCGCUCUCUUCUUCCUCCUCGGGGGCUCCAACUCAGCUGCCCCCACACCCACCCACCAAGUUGGUGAUUCGGCAUGGUGGGGCAGGUGGCUCUCCCUCUGUGACCUGGGCCCGGGCUUCCUCCUCAUCCUCCUCCUCUUCUUCCUCCUCUGGGGCUUCUUCCCUGGAUGCCGAUGAGGAUACGCCCCUGCCGUCCCGGAGCCGCCCGCCCAUCAAAACCUACGAGGCUCGGAGUCGAAUUGGCCUCAAGCUGAAAAUAAAGCAGGAGGCCGGACUCAGCAAGGUGGUCCAUAACACAGCCUUGGACCCCAUCCACCACCCCUCUCCAGGACCCAAGGGGACAGAGCCCCCAGCCCCGCUGCCACCUCAGGCCCCAGCCCCAGCCCUGGCCUCUUCGGGCCAGAUGAAUGGGACAGUGGAGCACCCCCCUGCACCCACGGAUCGGAAGCCAGCCCCACCCACUUCUCAGUGCCCCAGGCUGCCCCUCCGCAAGACCUACCGGGAGAAUGUGGAUGCCUUUAGCAGCUGCCGGGCCGGGGCCCCCCGAGCAGCCACAGCAGGGAGCCCGGCUCCAGCCCCGGCCCCAGCCCCCCUCAUCAAAUCGGACGACACCACCAGUGGCCUCAUCCGGGAGCUGGCCGAGGUGGAAGAUGAGUUGUACCAGCGAGUAAUGAAGGCAGCCCCGCUAGAGGUGGUGACCCCUGGGGCUGGGGCCGGAGCCGGGCCUGGAGGGGAGCCCACUUGGGAGGCACCUCCCUUGCCACCAGCCAAGAGGCGCAAAUCGGAGUCCCCAGAUAUGGACAAUGCCAGCUUCUCGAGCGACAGCCCCCAGGAUGACUCUCUGACAGAGCACCUGCAGAGUGCCAUUGACAGCAUCCUCAACCUCCAGCAGGCGGCCCCUCAGCCCUCGGGCCGGACUGCCAGUGGCCCCUCAUACCCCCACCCGGCCACCUCCCCGCCCCUGCACCGGCCUGACGGCUACCUGGGCCCCAGCCACAACGGGGGCCUGGGGGCCAGGACGUUGAAUAGAUAACAGCAGAGUAUCUCCCCCUGCCCUUCCCUCUGUCCCCUCCCAGCCCAUGGUCCCCUGCAGACAACCCUGAGGACCCUGGGGGAGAUCACUAGCCCGCUGCCCCCAGGGAGGGUCAGGUCAGGGUUCACCCCUCUUCCUCCCUGCCCCCAACCAACUUGCUGUUUCUUUUCUAAGUUAUUCAAUUUAUCAAUACCCUGCCCCCCCAACCUGGCUCCAGCCCCAAAACACUAAGAAAGGAGGUGGGGGGGGCCGUGGAGCAAGCAAGCAAGGUCCCUGGGUCUCUGGGUGGCCCCUCGGGGCCCCCCAGCACCCACACCCUGUGAUCUCAGUAGGUCCUUGGGUUCUGCUCCAGCUCCGGGGGAGGGGGAAGGAGGGGACACUGAUUACUGCCACUGUGUGUACGUCUGUGUGUCUGUGUGUGAGAGAGGAAGAGAGAGCGGGAAGUUUUAAAGAGUUGGGAGAGGACCUUAGGGACCAUGGAGUCCAGAGAGAGGAAAAAGGAUUUAUCAAGAGCCUGCUAUGUACCAGGCACUGUGCUAAGUGCUUCACAAAUACUAGUGGACUUAGAGCUGGGAGGGACCUUAGAAUAAGCCAUCUACUUUAGUGCCCUUGGGAACCUGAGGCCCCAUCACAAGGAGGGGACUUGUCCAAGGUCACAUUGCGGUGUGUCAGGAGUAGCAUUGGAGUAGAACUGUCCCCUAGCUUGCCAGAUUACUUGCACCACCGUGCCUCCCACUGUGUCUCUUCGUGAAGGGGGCGGUCUUUUCUAGCCCUCAGAGGAGCUCCGUGUGUCUGUGUCCAUGUGUGUGCCUGUGCGUGUGUGUGUGCGCGCGCGAGCGAGUGUGUGUGCAUGUGUGUGUGCGUGCUGCCCCCCACCCCACCCCAAAUCAGAGAGUCUCCCAAAGCCGAAGCAGACCACUCUAUCUUACCACCCUUUCAGCCCUGCCCUUCCUCCCACCCCACUGCCGGGCUUUGACAUCUCGGAGACAAACUAGUACUGUAACAUAUUUUGUACUGUAUUUAUUGUGUAUAACGAUUUUUUAAGGAAUCCUGUACAUUUAGUAUUCCCCUGUAAAUUAAAGCCAGUCCUCUUUU